AUGGAAUCAACUAUGGCAAGCUUGAGCCUUUCUGGCGCCAACAGCCUGCCCGCUCUCGAUGCAAAGGCGCGCUCGAACCUCGAACAGAAGCUCUCCAAGAUACAUCCUUCGAUACUCACCCGACCGCUCACUAUCGACGACGUCUACAAUGCCAACGAGACGGCGUUGUACAUCCCACAUAUUCCCAGACACCUUCAACUCGACUUCUUCUUCCGCAACUACAACGAUAUCGCUCGUGGCAACUACCGCGCUCACUCAGCCAAGUCUUACGACGUCAAUCGUGCAAUUUGGUACUACGAAGUCUCCAAGUUCCACACAUUGUCCAAUCGCAUCGACGUCGUUCGUUACAAUGUCAUCGUCAUGGCGUUCGUCACGAUAGCCGAGUCGCUCGGUCAGGACACCAGCGACCUCUACGAUACCGCUGCGAACGCCUUUAUCAAGGCAUAUAUGAGAGCCUGGCUCUCCAAGACGUCUGGAAGCGAUGAUCAGUCCGACCAAGAAGCUCUCGUUCACAUCUGGAUGAACAGCGGCUUUGACUUGUGUUACUUUCCAGACAGGGCUAGGCGCGACAUGAUGCAGGCAGUUUGGAAACUGCAACGCAUGGUCUCGGAGUUAAGGACUGUACGACCAGAAGACUUCCUUGAAGCGGUGAAAGAGAACCAGGUACCGCGCGACAUUUUCGAGAGGGAAGGUCCAAUGCUGGUACUACACUGGGCGUUUGCGCAUAUGAAGAAAGAGCAGGCGCGCAAGGCAUUGAACACACCAUCAGAACAGGAGGCGCCUAUGAGCUCUUCUGUUGAUAUUUCUUCGGUUCGACUAGAUCAGAGCCCCGCUAGUGAUCUUCUGGUCGACAUUGAGUGGGGCGUUGUGGAGCAGGUUCUACCUGAUGAAGGUAGGAAGUCUUGGAUUGCGCCAGAGAAGGCAUUGAGCAUUGUGCAGAGUGUCGAAGAGGAUUUCUUAGCAGGAUGGAUGGAAAAGGUUACUUUGGGAAAGGACUAG